UAACACCGAACACACCGCCGGUUGUUGCUCAGUGAAAAAUAUAAGUAAUCAACAGGUCACAUUUAUCGCACGGAAAGAAUAUACGUGAGAGAGAUGCGACCGAAUUGAAGAGAGCGAGAAAAAUGAAAUUAUCAAAAAUGGACUAUUCGCGCGCGGAAACAUAAAUUAUGAAAUAUGAUACGGACACAAGUGUUUGUUUGUUUGUUUGUUUAUUGUAUGGAAAUAAUGACAAUGUCAUUAUUUUUAAUAAUUUUUCGUAUAUUUAUAAUAUUGAUUAUGCAAACCAAGAUAUAGAAGUAUAAAUAGGUGGUGAAUUGCAAGGUAUAGUCAGUCGAAAACAUGAGGACGAUCAUAAGUGUUCUGUUUGUUAGCAUCUUAGCGGGAUCGUACGCUUUCUACAGCGAUCCCACGCAUUUCAAAAACGCCGAUAAUAAUGUUUUGAGCAAGCAAGCAUUGCUAUUCGAAUUGCUGCAGCAUCCUCAUCAACCGGGCGUCUCAAUCUAUAAACCAGAAUAUUCGAAUAUUGUGAACGCGUUCGACUUGGAGCACAGCUACGAAUUAUUCCGCAACACUGAUGCGAUCAAAGAAUUCUAUUUCUUCUACAAAAAGGGAUUGAUUCCAUACAACGAGUUAUUCUCAAUCUACAACGAUCAUCAUCGGCAACAAGCCAUCGCUUUGUUCCACGUGUUCUACUAUGCCAAGGAUUGGGACACAUUCUACAAAACAGUUCUCUGGGCCCGAUACAAUGUGAAUCCAGGACUGUUCGUUUACGCUUUGAACGUUGCUGUUUUGCACCGCCCUGAUUUUGCCGGUUUGGAGUUGCCGAUUAUCUAUGAGAUCUUCCCACACUACUUCUUCAGCUUCGAUGUGAUUCAACGCGCUCAAUUGUACAAACAGCAAGGUUUCCAUGGUGUUAAAAAAGUCGACGGUGUCUACAAUUUGGUCCUCUACGCCAACUAUAGUGGUCAAUAUGUUUACAGCUAUGAAGAUCAAGCAGUGUCAUACUUCCUCGAAGAUAUUGGCUUGAACGCAUACUACUACUAUUUCAAUUUGGAUUAUCCUAUGUGGAUGGGUGGCCAAGAAUACAAUUUGUACAAGGAUCGCCGCGGUGAAUACUACUUCUACUUCCAUCAACAAUUGUUGGCACGUUACUAUUUGGAACGUUUGUCACAUGAUUUGGGCUACAUUCACGAAUUUAACUGGUGGACGCCAAUCUCUGCCUACUACCCGAACAUUCGCACUUACUACGGCCAACCAUACAUGUCACGCGAACACGGUCACGUCGUCGACCAAGAGGGUUCACACUACGAUGUUGAAUACAUCUACGCCUAUGAACAACGUUUGCUCAAUGCCAUCGAUUCGGGCCAAUUCUUAUUGGCCAACGGCACCUACUACAACUUCUCAUACCCAGGUGGAAUUGAAUACUUGGGCAAUUUGAUCCACGGCAAUCCAGACAGUUUGAACCUUCGUUACUACAACUACAUGUACUACGUUUACAAGACAUUCGGCCACUAUUUCGGCAAAUACUACCACUACACCGGUGAAUAUCCAUCCGUCUUAUACCACCCCCAAACUACAUUGAGAGACCCAGCAUACUGGAUGUUUUUGAAGCGCGUAUUCAACUUCUAUUACAAAUUCAUGACACAUUUGCAACCAUACACCCACCAAGAAAUCGGUUUUGAUGGCGUUAAAAUUGAAUCCGUUGAAGUUGACAAGUUGAUGACAUAUUUCGAUUACUUCGAUGCCGAUAUCUCGAACGCUGUCGACAUUGAAUACUAUAAUCCUGAACAUCUCUCCGAUUUGCGUCAAUUCGGCCGCCUUUCACACUACAACGGUGAAGAUUUCGUGAUCAAAGCACGCCAAUGGCGUUUGAACCAUCUUCCAUUCAAAUUGAACAUCAAUGUUGUUUCACAAUUGGCAACUCCAUCGGUUGUUCGCAUCUACUUGGGUCCAAAAUACGAUGAAUACGGCCAUUUGAUCACCCUUAAUGAUAAUCGUUACAAUUUUGUAUUGUUGGACACCUUCAAAUAUGACUUAACUGCUGGCAAUAACUUGAUCACUCGUGAAUCUCGUCAAUUCUUUAUGAAUGUUAAAGAUCGUACCACAUACUAUGAUAUGUACAAAUGGCUUAUGUCGGCGAGCACUGGACAAAAACCAUGGCCUAUGGACAAUACUGAGGCACACUCGGGCUUCCCCAACCGCUUGAUCUUGCCAAUGGGCAAGAAAGGAGGACAACCAUACCAAUUGUUCAUCCACAUUGCACCAUAUCACGCACCACAAGUUCCACAAUACAGCACCUUUGAUGCAUCCAUCUCGACUGGCAUCGGAUCCGGUUCCCGUUAUGUCGACUCAUUGCCAUUAUACUAUCCAUUGGAUCGUUACAUCGACGAAUACUACUGGUACACACCAAAUAUGUACUACUAUGAUGUCAACAUCUAUCACAAAACCGAAAUCUAAAUGUUUACAGUCUAACCCCAGUUGCAUUCUAUAACCAUUGUCAACCAGAAAAAUAUCAUCACACUCAUUCAUUAGACCGAUUAACGUCAACCAAUUCAACAGCCCAAAUAUUUUAACUUUUGAUAGUUUCAACUGUUUUAACUUAUAAUUUAGUAGCCUCACUCAAAUACAUUUCACAGCGCAAAAGUUCGUUUCUCAACGAUAAA